AUGGAUCAGUGGAAAAAGUUCACCAACAACGUCGCCAGCAAUGUCGCGCCCCAGUUCCAGAACAUCGGCAAGACGUUUGGCAACCUCAACCAGCAGGCGCGUGAGCGCUUCGGUGCCGUAGACCAGGAAGACAUCACCGAGUUGCCCCAGGAAUACAAGGAUCUUGAACGUCGCGUCGAUGCGCUCAAGAGCGCGCACACCGGCCUCAUGAAAGUCGCCAAGGUCUACGAGACUGAGAGCUAUGACUAUCCCACUCAGCUCCAGGAGAGCAUCACUCAGCUUUCUGCAUCGGUCGGUCACAGCGUCACUUCGUGGGCUGCAUCCGCAACUCGCGGUACCAACCUUCCCAAGGUCUCUCCCACCGCUCGUCCCGAAAAGGUCAACAAGACGCUCCACCACGCCCUCUCCCGUGCUGCCGCAAGCGGCGCUUUGCAACUUGGCGCCGAUCCAUCCAACCUUUCCGGCCUGCCCAAGCUCGACACCGCCACCGCUCCUGGAUCCGAACCCGCCGUCAAGGACGACUCGAAGCUCGGCGAGGCGCUCCAGAAGUUUGCCAUCGCAGAAGACCGUCUUGGCAACGCACGUUUGACACAGGACGACCAGAUCACUCAGGGCUUCAAUGUUCCCUUCAACUCGUUUGGCGCUCAGAUCACCCUCGCCAUGAAGGCACGCCAGAGCGUAACCGACGCCCGUCUCCACCUGGACAGCUGGAAACAGUCGCUCAAGUCGGCUGAGAACGCCGGUGCAAGCGCCAAACUCGAACAGUACAGAGGAGAGGUCGAACAAGCCGAGGACAAGCUGGUCGCCGCUACCGAGGAGGCUAUCAGCUUGAUGAAGCAGGUGCUCGAGAACCCGGAGCCAAUCAAGAGCUUGAGCGCCUUUAUCAAGGCUCAGGCCGAAUACCAUGCGGCGGCUGCCGAGUUGCUCGCGAGCGUUCAGCAGGAGUUGGCGCAGUUGGCCACAUCGGUGGAGAGCGAUUACCGCAUGUCGCGUGGCUAG